AUGAACACCUGCCUGCUUUCCAUGCUGUGCCUCCUGGGUGCCUUGGCCAUCCUGGCAGAGGGGGUCACUGUGCAGGAUGGAGACCUUUCCUUUCCUCUGGAGUCAGUGAAGCAGCUUAAGGACCUCCAGGAGGCCCCAGAGUCCAGGCUGGCAAGUCACAAGAAAUUUGCGCCCCUGCUUCGUGAGGCUAGAGCCCCGACAGUCUGCAGCUACCAGGCAUUUCCAGAAGCUCUGAGACCCCUCUGCAAGGAACCCAAUGCCGAGGAGAUCUUAAAGAGGCUGGAGGCCAUCGCUCAGGAUCCAAACACAUGUGAGAUCUGUGCCUACGCUGCCUGUACUGGAUGCUAGGUUGGUGUCCUUUCUCCUCAGCCUGCAUGGAGCCCUCUCUGCUGCUGGAAACAGGGUCCCAAGACUCUUCCACUCCCAGCAGCUCAACCUACACUGUCGAGGGUGGGGGGGAAGCCCUGCUUGGGGGCCAUCCAUGCAACUCUCAAUA